AUUAUUUUCAAUCUCUGAGUAGGGUAAGAACAAUGUAUCUUGGCGCUUCUGUUGAUGGCUAUGGCUAUCUUAUGAAGGAGGCUUAUCUGGAUAUGGCAUCUGCGCUUUCCAAGGCUGAUGGAAUUGACUAUACUGACCCUGAAGAGCUGGAGUUAUUGGUUGCAACAAUAAUGGAUCUUGAUGCAAUGGAUGGUAAAGGGAGUGUGCCAAUAGGCAGAAACACAAUCAAAUUCUUCUUUAAUCCAAAGACUACUGCUAAGGUUCAUGUUUUGGGCAGCACAUACCAAAACCAACUCCUCAAAAUGAUUGAUGUCAGGGGAUCUUCGGUUUGUUCAGAUGAUUGUCAUCCUGAUGCCAUUCUCUGUCACGAACAGUGCAACAAGGCUAACAAAAUUGCAUAUUAUUCUGAUUUGCAAAAUACAAUUAUGCCCUUCGAAUGA